AUGGCUGAGGCUAUUCUAAGCGGCGGCAAGUCCGACAUGAAACAGAAGGGCGAAGGUCCAAGGGCAGUGUUCGAGGGAAAGUGGACCAAGUCCACCAUGAAGCUGCGCUCGGAUGGUGCCUGGAGCAUUGAAGAGUCCUCAGGCUUUGAGUAUUCACACGCGAGAGGCAACUCCGCCGUUUCUGGAGCUGGGACAUGGGCCUUCGACAAGGAGCAGGCCAAGCUGGUGCUGACGGUGGCGUUCUACGACUCCGGAAACUCCGACCCACGUGCCCCGGAGCCCGACGAGGUCGGCAAGACCUACAUGCUGGACCUUGCAGCUCUUCAGGCCGGGGGUGCAGCCUCUCCCUUUUUCAAGAUCGAUCUCAAGUUUGAGCAGGACGUCCCCGAAUUCGUCUUAAAUCUCGGUGACCAGCUUAAGGGGACGGCGGCCCGUCUGGCGUCGGACUACUGCCGGGAGCUUGCCCAGCGGUGCAUGCCAGAGCCGAAGUCAUGA